ACGAAUACAAGAACAAGAAGAAGAAGAAGAAGAAGACCAAAAAGAUCAGUUUUUCCCUCUCAUGGAUUUCUCCAAAUCCUCAAAGAAAUCUUCAAAUUCUCGCAAAUCAGUCUUCAAUACCAAUCCUUCUGUUCAUCACAGAAGAAAUUUUCAAGAAGCUGAUGAAAAUGAAGAUCCAAAGGCAAAGAAGGCCUUGGAAAAGAAUUUAAUGGACAGCAUUGUCUCCUCAGGUUAUAAAAAGAAGAUCUUGGCAGAGAUGGAUGAUGAUUUCUCACUGAAUUGUGAUGAAAACAUCUUCAGAAGUACCCCUCAAACAUCUUCAGUUCCUUAUGAUCCUGUGACAAAUUACACUUCUCCGAGGCCUUUGUUCCUCCGGUACAACCCAAAUAGGCGGCAUGAGAUUCUUCGGCGCAUUGAAGGUGAAUUGAAGAAAGAGGAAUCACAAGAAUUUGUCAAAGAUGAUGAUGAUGAUGAUGAUGAUGAUGAUGAUGAUGAUGAUGAUGGAGAUGGUGAAGAGAAGGAAGAGGAGGAGGUGUUUGAAGAGAAACCCGGGGUUUUCGGUAUGUUAUGGAAGUCAUUUCUAAUACUAGGAGUACUCAUGAUGUCUACUUGUUAUAUAUCUUGCAUGAAUUCUAGUCAUCUUCCAUACAACGGAAAUCAAAUGAGGUUUCAAGAAGAGACUUUUAGUAAUGUCAGUAAUCUGGAUGUGUUUCCAAAAAGAGUAGACAUGGAAUGGAUUGUAGAAAACAUUAACAGUAGUAUGUUGAUUCAUGAAGUGAAGGAAGUGCAUGAUUUUCAAGAAAUUAUAGCAGGGAAAGAGGAAGAAGAGACACUGUUAUUGGUGGAGAAUGAUGUUCCAAAUGAUGAUGAAUCUUUGGUGGAAGAGUGUAGUGAAAUACAUGAAGAAAUUGUAGACACUGAAAUGUUGGAAAAGAAGGAUGUUUUGAGUGAGUUUAGACAAGAUUUGCAGAAUCAAUUGGUUCCAUGGAUGCCAUUAACUGAUGGAAAUCCUGAAGAAAAAGUUGAAGAAAAUAAGAUGGUUUUAUAUGAUGGAAAUCUACUGCUUCUCUUGUCAACAACUAUCUCAGUGAUACUAAUUGGGCUCUUAAUGUAUUUUAGAAGACCGAAAUCAGAUUCAGCAGUAGUCUCUGUUCAUAUUGAAGCAAAGAGUAUUAUUGAUCCCAAUGCAAAUCUUCAGAUUGAAAAGCAUAAUUUUUCAGAUGUUAAUCUUGAGAAUGAGCACAACGAGUUUUAUGAAUCCCGGCCACCAUUGGUCGAAUUGCUUGGGGAGUUUUCUGUCGAUAAAUUGGAUUCAAAGGAGAAUGAACAAGCGAGGACAGUGGCGAAAAAGACUUCAAUUACUGUUGAUAAAAGUUAUCGAUCUUCUUCUUCAGUGAAGUCCUUAGCUUCAGCUGCAGAGAGUAUUAGUGUUACUACCCCAAAGAAGCCAUUGAGGAAAGAGGAGGAAGAGAUCAUCAGUGCCAGUGCAAGCAUAACUCCUUUGAGACGAUCAAACCGAAUCCGCAAUCGAAUCACUUCUCCUUCAUAAAAACUUUAAUCCAAGCGAAUUACCAGCCUGUACUUCAGGUUUCAUUUUUUCUGUUGUAUCAAUAUUAAAUAUAGAAACACUGAUUUGUGUUUUCAGUGAUAUUCAUGUAUUUUUUUUUCCUCUUAUCAAUUUCCGCCUGCAUAUUGCAUAAGAUGGAAAAAUCAAGAAGUUUCUGGUUCUUGAAGUUUCCCUAAUGAUUUGAACUUGUGAAUCAUUAAGUUUCAAUGAGAUGAUAUUUUUA